AUGGCUGUCGAGAAGGGACCUGUUUCUCCCAUACCCAUUCCGGAGCUCACUAAGAUCGCCACAGAUCCAUUGUGUGAUCGACUUGAGUACCUUAUUGGCGAAGAUCUUAAUUUGGGCAUUAUACUUGUACUGACAGGUCGAUCCAAGGCUUGUGAUGCGGCCCUGAAGAGCGCCGAGGGUUACGAGCACGCCAAGGUCGGCGAAUGGAACUCCCAGAUCAUUAACACUAUCCUCAAGGCCCUCAUUGCAGCUACCGCACCAGAGACUCCGGCGACAUCACCUCCAUACCGCUUCACCGUCAACAGCACCAUUGUUCAACAAGGCUUGAUCGAUAAGUCUUCCGCAGCGGACGGUGCGGUCGGCAAUGCCGGCAAGCGUGGUAUGCACUCUGCCUCGGGCGCCUUCUGGGACGUCAACCGCGAUGGAAUGUGGACAUUCAAGUAUCCCGGGGCUGAAGAGCGGGGCCUCGAUGUCGUCGUCAGUGUGACAUGGUUUGCUCUGGGCUAG